CCUCUCCUCUCCCAACCCACUAGCCGCCGGCCUCCCUUUCACCUCCUCUCCUCCGUUCGUCCGCCCCCAUGCCCCCCGUCGCGUGCGCCACGUCGGCGGCCGCACGCCCGGCGCUCCCCGUCUCGCGCCGCUGCCCGCCCCCGCCCCCUCCGCCGCGCACGUGCCCGCCCGCCACGGCGCCAGCUCCUCCUUCGCUAUGGCAUGCCGCUGCACCGCGGCCUCCUCCCCAUCGCUACUCCUUCCGCCCCGCCCACCAUGCGCUUCAGGUCGCCGGAGCCCGGAGAGAGGAGAGGUCGUCACGUCGAGCUCAUGGGGAUAGGGCAGCCACCACUGUCGCCUCCCACGACGACAGAGCAAAGGAGUACUUCAAUGCACUUCAUCCAAGGACGAUGCAAGCCAUUUACUAGAAAGCAGAAGCAGAUUUUGGUGAGGAGUACCUGCCUGGAGUGGUGUGUGCUGCGAUGACCAGGCGGGGGUGCAGCGACGAUCUGUCUGGGCAGCGGGGCGAGGACGCUAGGGCCAUGGCGACAAGACUGGGGCGGAGGAGGUUGGGCCUGG